AACUGUGACUAAGAAUUUGACAGUGAUGGCAAUAGACAUUAUAUUGUGAUUUUUUCAACAUAUUUAUAAUUGCUAAUUGCCAGUAUUAUGUAUGGAUACUCAAUGAAAACUUGCAUAAUAUUUUUGAAAAGCAAACCGUUGACACUAUCAUCGGGUGACAAAAUAACAAAUAUGUCAAAUUUGCUAAAUUCCAAGUAACAUUUUAUUAGAAAAUUAGAAAAUAUGCAUGUCCAACCUUUCUUUCCAUGAUGAUUGGCUAAUGCAAUUCGACGUUAUGAAUGGAAAAGAUAAAAAAGUGGAGAAAAAAGACGGAGUGGACUGUAAAUGUUAUGCGGAGUCGCACACUACCAAAGCAUGCCCUCCUAUUCGUAACGUGACCCAUCCUUUGCGCUACUACGAGUUUACGCAGGACGAAAUUAAAGCGCUCGAGCAAUGCGACAAGGAGAGCUUCUACCAGCGCUGUCUGCCUUUCAGCACGCUAUUCGCCACUGUCACAUACGCUGCCAUUAAAUUUGGGUGCUUGAAGAGAAACUCACAUUUCGGCGUCUACCCGAAACUGCUGAUGGCUGCGUGGAUGGGCUACCUGUAUGGAAGGAUCUCGUACACAGCUGAGUGUGACGCGAAACUACGCCAGCUGCCCGCCUCCAGCCAUCUCGGGAAUGUGAUGAGAAAAUACCACAUUGAGUGCGACCCUUCCCCUGGUCAUAAAAAAUAAUUUUCCUGCCUAUUUAUUUUACGGUGCUUCGUCAAGUUUUAUGCCUAUUUUGAAGGCGUUGCUAGUACCAAAGUGACAAUA